CCUCGUACACCGGGACGAUGGCCGGGAGGCGGUUGGUUCUCUUUGAUCUGGGAGGGGUUCUCCUCACCCCCGGGAUACAGGCCGCCUUCACCCGCCUGGAGGAGAGCCUGAGCCUGCCGGGCGGUUUCCUCAUGAAAGUGUUUGUGAAGAGCGGUGCGGAUGGACCCUUCGCCCGGGCGGAGAGAGGCCAGAUCCCCUUCUCUAAGUUUCUUUCAGAAAUGAACAAAGAAUGUGAGGCGUUUGCCAAGGAGUCCGGGGUCACCCUUCCCGAGUCCUUCUCCCUGGAACCCGCCUUCCAGGGCAUCUAUCAGAACGGCGGCAUCAAUAAGCCCAUGCUGACGGCCGCUAUGGCCCUCAAACGGCACGGCUUUAAGACUUGCGUGCUAACCAACAACUGGGUAGACGACGGCGCGGACCGUGCGCUCACCGCGGACCUCCUCUCCGUGCUGAGCCGGCACUUCGACAUGGUGAUCGAGUCGUGCCGCAUCGGAAUGAGGAAACCCGAAACUCGCAUCUACGAGUACGCCCUGAAGAUGCUGAAAGCCGAGCCCAGUGAGACCAUCUUUCUGGAUGAUAUCGGUGCCAACCUGAAACCGGCCCGGGAGCUGGGCAUCUCCACCGUGCUGGUCAGGGACACGGAGAAAGCCUUGAAGGAGCUGGAAGAGUUAUCAGGAGUCCAGUUGCUGGAGAAAGGAGAGAUCGCACCAAUCGCAGCGGACCCGGAGAGUGUCUCCCAUGGUUUUGUCCCAGUAAAGCCUGGUGUGAAACUGCAUUAUGUAGAGAUGGGGAACGGGCCGGCCAUCUGCAUGUGUCACGGCUUUCCUGAGAGCUGGUACUCAUGGAGGUAUCAGCUGCCGGCUCUGGCUGACGCUGGGUACAGGGUCAUAGCUCUAGAUAUGAAGGGUUUUGGGGAUUCCUCUUCUCCACAUGAAAUAGAAGAGUAUUCCCAGCAAGAACUCUGCAAGGAUCUGGUCAUUUUUCUGGAUAAGCUGGGUAUAUCCCAGGCGACGUUCAUUGGACAUGACUGGGGUGGUGCCCUUGUCUGGAAUAUGGCGCUUUUCUACCCAGAACGGGUCCGGGCGGUGGCAUCACUGAACACCCCGUUCUUUGGGAUUAAUCCAGAUGUCCCAGCCAGUGAACUGGUAAAGGCCAACCCGAUCUUCGACUACCAAAUAUAUUUCCAGGAGCCGGGUGUUGCCGAGGCCGAGCUGGAGAAGAAUCUGGAGAGAACAUUCAAAAUAUUCUUCCGCGGGACAGGAGAGAUGGAAAAAAUUCCGCGUCUAAGUACAAGCAGCGUAUGUGAAAGAGGAGGGCUGUUUGUGGGUCUCCCGGAGGAAAUUCCUCGCAGUAAAAUAUUAAGCGAAUCCGACCUGCAGUUUUACAUCAAGCAGUUCAAAAAGAGCGGAUUCAGGGGACCAUUAAACUGGUACAGGAACAUGGACCGGACCUGGAAGUGGAUUAGAACUGCCCAUGACUGGAAGAUCCUGGUGCCGGCACUGAUGGUGACUGCCGGGAGGGAUCCGGUCCUGCUGCCUGUCAUGAGUACCGGCAUGGAGAAUCGGAUCCCAAAUCUGACACGGGGACAUAUCGAGGAGUGCGGCCACUGGACACAAAUGGAGAGGCCGGCAGCGCUAAACGAGAUCCUCAUCAAGUGGCUUGGGGAAGUUCACGCAUCGGCCGUUCCCUCCAAGCUAUGAGCUGCCGACUCUCCGCUCAUCACGCACACCAGCGUCUGCCUCGGCCAGCCGCGGCGAAUCCUCUAAUGCCGUAGCCCGAGACAAUAGCCGAGCUCGUUAAUUGUCCGCCGGUCAUGCAGCUAAUUCAGAGAGUCAUUCCUAUUACCA